GUAGUGAUCCCUUCCUACUGCUGAACAGUAAACAUUGGGACUACAGGCGUCUACGUGUGCAAAUUUCUAACUAAUUUGUUUUACGUUUAAAUGAGCAAAUACCAGCACUGCAAUGGCAAUUGACUGGCUUGGAUUUGGCUAUGCUGCAGCCAUAGCCCUGGGGGGAUUCAUGGGGUACAAGAAAAAAGGUAGUGUCAUGUCACUGAUAGCUGGGAUAUUGUUUGGCAGCAUGGCCACCUAUGGGGCCUUAAUGAUUUCAUAUGACCCAACCAAGACUUUCUAUUCCCUCGUUGCCUCAGGAGUGCUGACAAUAGUGAUGGGAAUGAGAUUCAAGAAAUCUGGGAAAAUAAUGCCAGCUGGCAUCAUGGCAGGACUAAGUUUGCUGAUGGUCCUGCGACUUCUCUUCAUGGGUGUGAUUGUAAUGUGAUUUGAACAACACAACUGUCUAAAGUGAGACUGAAAAUAUCACUGCAAGGGAUGAAGUUCCAUUUGCACAUUGUUUGUGCUUGCCUAUGUAUUAUUUUUGUAAUGAUUUGUUCAAUGAAUAUGGGAACAGAAAUACAGUAACAUUUACUACUUGAUCUGAAGGUAUGACUACUUACUUAGACGAUCAUGUUUAGCUGCCUCACUGUAAAUAACCUAAUAACUGUUUGAUAUAAAUGAUGGAAUAGCUCAGAACAGACAUGAAGUGUUUAAUUACAGCUGAUAUUUUGUUUAACAGCC